AGUGCAUGAGCGCUUGAGCAUUCCCAGCACUCCGGUCGGAAAUGAAGCUGCUGUACGAAACCGCGAGUGUCAAGUUCUCAUCGGAAGAAACUCCCACUUUCAUUCGCCUGCAUUCAUCGGUAAAAUUCGGGUUUUUUACAUUCGCCAUUCACAAAUGAUGGAAUUAAUUACCGAUCUCUUACCUUCCCCACGAUGUUACCGUCUGCCCGAACCGUUCAAAACGCGUCUUCAGCAUCAUCGCUGCCUCUAGAUGGAGCUCUUGCCGUCGUUGAACCCACUGAUGGCAUUCAGCGUGGAAAUUUAUUGGAAGACGGUAUCCUUAACGAUGGUACACGAGGCAGCAAAAUGGCGGAAAGUCUCUCCCAAGAGGAGCGUGAAUCAAAUCCUCAAGACUCCUCCCUUCAUCCCACAGUAGGCCCGAAAGCUUCGUGAUAACACCUGUCUCCAUUGACAUUCAUGGAUUGCAUUCCUUCAAACUUGGUAGGACCAUGGAUUCCACGCUUGGGCGUAUCUCAUGAGCGCGUGGGUUCUGGACUUCCUCAUCUGGGGUCUCCCCUUCACCUAUGGAGUCUUUCUCGACUUUUACAAAAAUCGAGACUUUCGAGAUGCACCACCGGGUCUCAUUGCACUUCCCGGGUCCCUGUGCACUGGAAUUUUAUGCCUUUCUACCAUCUACGUCAUGCCCAUUAUCAACCGUUUUCCGGCACACAAAUUCAAGAUUAUGCUUGUCGGAUAUGUUGUUUGCGUUUCUGGGUUGAUUGGAGCGGCGUUUGCCACAGAAGCUUCGCAUCUGGUGGCAACCCAAGGUGUAUUGUAUUCAGUGGGAGGGAGUUUGUUAUAUUAUCCUAUGAUGACCUAUCUCUUUGAAUGGUUUGUGGUUAGAAAGGGAUUUGCUUACGGAGUUUUGUUCUCUGGUGCCAGCACUGGUGGCGUCGUUAUGCCGUUCAUCAUUCGAACUUUACUCGAGCGGUAUGGAAGGAAAGUGACUCUCAUUGCAUUGGCGGUAACGUUCGCGAUACUGAUCUUACCGUGCUUUCCAUUCUUGAAGCCACGGAAACCUAUCGCCCAAACCCUAGUCUCUAAGCGAUUUGACACCAAGUUCUUGCGUCGCAGUGUGUUUUGGAUUCUGUUCUCUGCAAAUCUCGUCCAAGCUACAGGUUCUUUCAUGCCCUUUCUCUAUCUGCCUGCCUUCGCGACUGAUUUGAAUCUGAAAUCGACAUACGGAAAUCUCUCUGUUGCAUUAUUAAACGGUGCCUCUGGUCCUGGGAUGAUAUUUUUCGGCUGGCUUACGGAUCGGUAUGAUCUUCGAUACGCGAUUAUGCUAUCUUCUGUGGGAUCAGCUAUUUCGGUAUUCUUACUGUGGGGAUUCUCUCAAAGUCUCGCCCCUCUUCUUGUUCUCGCCUGUGUAUAUGGAUUUCUCGGGCCAAGCUGGGCAGCAUUGUUCCCGCGAUUCGCAUCGGUGAGUGUUGGUAGCGAGUCUCAUCAAGUCCCUACGGUUGUUUUCUGUUUCAUGGGAGGGCGUGGCACAGGGAAUGUUCUUUCAGCGCCCAUAUCUGCAGCACUGAUUCAUCCUUGGAAUAUCACGAACAAACAUCCAUAUGGGUAUGGAUUGAAAGGAUAUGGGCCUCUGAUUGUCUUCACUGGCGUCAGCUUACUUACGAGCUCGCUUGCGGUGUUUCAUUACUACAUCGACCUAUCGCUGAAUCUUCGAAUUCGUCGGCCGAUGCAUAGGGUCGACCAUGGCAAAAAAAGCUUAAUUUGAUGGCCUGGAGUCGCUAUCGGUGUUACUAGUAUGUGGCGGGUUCCGAUCAUUUCUUUCCUUCACCUUGUGCCCGCACUUUUGACUGCACGAACUCACUCUGGUGAUUCCAAUCCAUCGUAUAGUCGUGCAGCUCAGUACAUGGUGUCUGUUGGCAAAUAAAAAAUAUUUUACGCG